GCAGCCACCGCGGCCGGAGCGAGCCGGCUUCUUCAUGCAGCCUCCUUUUCACUUUUUUUUAAUCCGGUGAUAAAUAAAGGAGAUGAGGGGGCUCCUGCCGUUUUACCGGGGCUUGUACACCCUGAGUAACCGUCAAGCCAGACGAAACGCUGCGAUUGUCGGUUCUCGGUGCGGGUUUUGCGGAACUCAGUCUAACAGCAAGCCGCAGCCGCGCUUCGGGCUGUUGUUCGACAUCGAUGGCGUGCUCGUCCGCGGAAGGAUGCCGAUCCCUGCUGCGAAGAAGUCGUUCGAGAAGUUGGUCGACUCUCGGGGGCAGUUCGUGGUGCCGGUGGUGUUUGUCACGAAUGCUGGGAACUGCCUUCGGCAGACAAAAGCGGACCAGCUGUCUCACAUCCUGGGAGUGCCUAUUACACAAGAUCAAGUCAUCAUGUCUCACAGUCCCCUGAGGAUGUUCAAGAAGUUUCAUGACAAGUGUGUGCUGGUGUCAGGACAGGGACCAGUCCUGGAAAUUGCAAAAAAUGUCGGCUUCAAGAAUGUUGUCAGCAUUGACAUGCUGAGGGAGUCGUUCCCUUUGCUGGACAUGGUGGAUCACAACAGGAGACCUAAACUGCCGUCCAAUCCUGUGGGGAACCUUCCUAAGGUUGAAGCUGUGAUCCUGUUCGGGGAGCCGAUUCGAUGGGAGACCAACCUGCAGCUGAUAAUUGACGUUCUGUUGACCAACGGUAACCUCGGCGGCGUUCACCAAACCCAGAAGACGCCUCACCUCCCCCUCCUGGCCUGCAACAUGGACCUCAUGUGGAUGGCCGAGGCCCAUUCUCCACGGUUUGGCCACGGGACUUUUCUUGUGUGCCUAGAGAACAUCUAUAAGAAGAUAACGGGUAAAGACCUGAAGUAUGAUGCUCUCAUUGGGAAACCCAGUGAGCUGACCUACCAUUUUGCAGAGUACCUCAUCAGAAGCCAGGCCAUGCAGAGGCAAUGGAAACAUCCCAUCACUUCCCUUUAUGCUAUAGGGGAUAACCUCAUGACGGACAUCUAUGGCGCCAACCUAUACAACCGCUACCUGGAGGAGAGAGUUGCCCGGAAGAACCCCAAAGCCAUUGCGAAGAUGGUGGCCGCCACAGGGUCCACCACUGCCGUGCCCCAGGAAGAGGAGAUGGACAAUCUGCUGGAGAGCGAGCUAGCGCUGCCCUCUGCCACUUCCUGUAAGUCUGUGCUAGUCUGCACGGGGGUCUACAACCCCAACGCAGAGGUGCCGUCUGAUGCGACUCACUGCAUCAAGGAGACUGUGUUCCACGGGCACCGGGACUUCAGAUUCGACCCUGCGCUGGUGGAGCCGGACAACAUCGUGCAGGAUGUGGCGGAAGCUGUUGACCUCAUCUUCGAGCAGGAGAAGUUCGUGCCUCAGUAGAGUUCUGAUCCAGCAGGUUUCGUGUGAUCAUGGAGGUCCUAGCUGAGGGGGAGUGGUGCAUUAUGAAGGGUAUGCCACUUUAACGCAUGAACCUGUAGGAGCCUAACACUGUGGACUUGGACAGGGCAUUGACAAAAUAUGGGUCAUACUCUAAACUUUCAACAUUGAGACCAACUGAAGAGAAAAUUAACCAUGUAACUGUUACUGUCUCUUUUAUAUUGUUUUUGUGAUAGUCUUUAAUUACGUUUUUCAUUAAGGAAAAGUGUAAGAAUGGCCUUAUUUGACCCUACUAAGUAUUUUUUUAGAUGAUAGUAAUGUUUUAGAUAAUUACAAAUCCUGAAAUCAUCCUAUAUUUAUUACAAAAACUGAGAAGUGUUUUUAAGAAGCAUAUUCAGAUAACAUUUGACUUUUAAUCUCAAGUUGACCUUUUAUUAUUGCAUAUUUAGCCAUUUUUUUACCCAUUUAUCCUGGAAAAAUCUAUGCAUGGAUAUGAGAGUAAUACUUUAACUGUAAAACAUGUGCAAUAUUGUCCUCUAAUAGUACUGUCUGUCUGCAUUUUGUCUAGUUGUGAGAGCCUUGAUCAGUAUUUGCACAGACCAGAGAUUUUCAUCUUUGUUAAAUGUUACCAUAUCUUCCUGCCAUAACCUGUUUAUUGUAAUGCAGAACUUUUUAUGCUUUAAAAUUUUAACUUUGGAAGCAAAAGCUAAGUAGAAAUUUAUUGAGAGACAGUUACAAUGCCAAUCAAAGUCUUUUACCACUCCAUAUUUGACCAUUUGUAGUAACUUACUCAUUGUAAAUACUGUAACUUAAGAAAAUAUAGGGAAUUG